AGGUUAUGUACUCCUCAGCUAAUAGAAACACUUUGACAGUGUAUUAGUGUAGUCUGGGUCUCUAUGUUAGGAAUCGCACAAGUCAAGAUGUGUUCCUCAGUGGACUAGAUGAUUAGUUGAUAAUAGCGGAAUGGUUUUGUCAUGCUGCUCUACUGGGAAUGGCUUUGUUUUAGCAGUUUCCCCCGUCUUCAUUAAAGCACGGUAAAAUAUUUAUACCUAGUCUUCCUCCAAGCCCCUUAAGUGAAGCCUGGAGAUCUUCUAUUAUAAAAAAUGUAUUUCUUAACACACAGUUUAACCUGAAGGCAUCUUAUGUCUAUUUUGUAUUGGUAGAAUCAGUUGUGUUAGAUCAGAAAUGAGUUGUUUUACACAUGGUUAUUGUUAAUUCGUAAAUACAUUUGAAGAUUACUUUUAACAUCUGUGUUCAAUAAGGAUAUCUUGCUUUCUGGUUGACUGUGGAGAUUUGAAACGAUCACAGUCUGUUCCUGAUCGUUCUUCUGAUAUAAAACAUUUGGGGUAUACACACGUGCACGCAGACAAACACACAUAUCCACCUCACCGGGGUUUACCUCCGCAUUAGGUGGCACUGACAACUCCUAAAUACCAUAGCUUGGGCAGCUAUUCAGCCACAUGAUCUUGACUGAACACUGCAACGAGCACAGCACAGUGCCAAAUAGUAUCCUCGGGUCAAAGUACGCCCCGCGCUGGUCGUGCACCAACCUUUUAGUACAUGUUUACACCAACUGCCUAUGGACUCGUUAAUACAUAGAGAGGUCUCCAACAAAAUACCCGGAACACAGUGGUGAAAUGUUGAUAUUAACCGCACAACAUUGAAGAAGGGCCUUCUUAAGUGGAUGAAGCUUGUUUAUCAGUCUUUAAUGGUUGGCUUCUUUCCCAGUGAGUGUGUGGAGCUGAUAAACGACAAGGUGCCGCAGUCCGUCACCAACUCGGUGCCAAAACCAGCAUCCCCCUGCUCGGGUCUGCGGCCUGCCUCCUGGAGUCUCUUCCCACCCUAUUUGGAGAUGGAGAGUGUAAAGCAGGACAGUGCAUGGGUGGCCGACCCAUUAAACCACUACAGCCUGAGCUCAGUGUCUAAGAAGCACGGGAAGCUGAUCACGUUCCUGCGCACCUUCAUGAAGUCCCGGCCCACCAAGCAGAAGCUGAAGCAGAGGGGAAUCCUCCGGGAGAGGGUGUUUGGCUGUGACCUGGGAGAGCACCUCCUCAACUCGGGCCACGAUGUUCCCCAGGUGCUCAAGAGCUGCACGGAGUUCAUCGAGAAACAUGGCGUGGUGGACGGCAUGUACCGCCUCUCUGGAAUCGCCUCCAACAUCCAGAAACUACGGCAUGAGUUUGACUCGGAGCAGAUCCCCGACCUGACCAAAGACGUGUACAUCCAGGACAUCCACUGCGUGGGUUCAUUGUGCAAGCUCUACUUCCGCGAGUUGCCCAACCCCCUGCUCACCUAUCAGCUCUACGAGAAAUUCUCCGAGGCCGUGUCAGCAGCCACAGACGAGGAGCGGCUCAUCAAAAUACAUGAUGUCAUUCAGCAGCUGCCGCCUCCGCAUUACAGGACUCUGGAGUUCCUCAUGAGGCACCUGUCCCAACUGGCCACCUUCAGCUACAUCACCAACAUGCACAGCAAGAACCUAGCCAUCGUCUGGGCACCCAACCUACUGAGGUCCAAGCAGAUAGAGUCGGCCUGCUUCAGCGGCACGGCAGCCUUCAUGGAGGUCCGCAUCCAGUCGGUGGUGGUGGAGUUCAUACUGAACCACGUAGACGUCCUCUUCAGCCCCAAGCUCAGCUCGCUCAUACGGGAGGGAGCAGGACACAACUCGUUGUUGCGGCCCAAGUCCCUGCUGGUGUCGUCCCCCUCCACCAAGCUGCUGACCCUGGAGGAGGCCCAGGCCCGGACCCAGGCACAGAUCAACUCCCCCGUCACGGCCGAUAGCAAGUACAUUGAGGUGGGGGAGGGUCCGGCUGCGCUGCAGGGCAAGUUCCACACCGUCAUCGAGUUCCCUAUGGAGAGGAAAAGGCCCCCCAUCAAGUCCAAGAAGUCGCCGGUGGGAAACUGGCGCUCCUUCUUCAACCUGGGCAAGUCAUCGUCCAUGUCCAAGCGCAAGCUGCACCGCAACCCCAGCGAACCCAGUGAGCUCAAGGCCAUGGCCCUGGCAGGAGGCAGAGGGGACACGGGGACACUCCGAUCGGCCAAAAGCGAGGAGUCGCUCACCUCGCUACACAACGUUGAAGAUUUCCUCCUGACUCCCGUAGGAGAGUCGAAGGUGUACCGUCCUCGGCGGCCCCGCUCCAGCAGCGAUGCCCUCUCGGCUUCCUUCAACGGUGACCUGCUGGACAGCCACACCCGGCAGCACUGCAACUCCGAUGACAAUCUGGCCCAGAGCCACAGCGGGGGCGCGACCCGCGACGGGGGGGACAGCGAUGGGGACGACGGGCCCAUCUAUGUUCCAGCCCUGAUUUCGCCCCCACGUUCAGCCGGCGAGGACGUGGACCUUAGCCCCCCAGACAUCGGCAUGGCCUCGUUGGACUUUGACCCCAUGUCGUUCCAGUGCAGCCUGCCCGACGGCUCCUUCUCCUUCCCCCUGGGGCUGAGCGAUGUCGCUACGGGCGCGGCUGGCGAGGGCACCAGCCUGAAGAGGAGCCCAGGCAGCGUUGACAAUGGCUCGGCGCUCGUCUCUCCCUCCUUCCUGGGGAAGUUUGCCAACCCCUUCUUGUCGCCUGACCUCAGCCCGGCCACGGGAGAGAAAGCAGGGAGCAAGAAGCUGGUCUGCUCAGUGUCUUUCUCUGACAAACCCGUACAGGCUGUGUCCCCUAAAAAGUCAAAGUCGGACAUUUUGGCUCCUCUGGCCAUUUCGGAGCCGUUUGACAUGGAGAUUUCUAGUAGGCUUACAGAAAGCCAUGGUGUUCCCCAGCCUUCUUCCCCUCCCUCGGGACUGCCCUGGGACUCUCCUCUGUUAAUGGGCUCAGUGCUGCUGAGGACAGGGGAGCCGUCGCUGAGCGAGGCCUUUCAGAUGGAGCUGCACUGUAAGCUCUCUGCCUUCGACACUGAGAGCCAAGACUCCACAGGGGAGGAGAGCACUGCCCAGCAACCUACAGCAACCAAUAGCAAGGAACAAUUAGGAGCCGUAGCUAGUCUGGACUCUCCAAAAGCCUCCCCCGGCCCUCUCAGCUCCUCCUCUGUGUCCCUCCUCCCUCCCCCGCCCCCUCCGAAGAAUGCCGCCCGCAUGUUGGCCCUGGCCCUGGCAGAGUCCGCCCAGCAGGCCUCUAUCCUGACCCAGAAGAGGCCCUCCCAGUCCCAGCCCCCCACGCCUGUGUCCCCCAUUAGACCCCUGGAGCCCUCACACUCCCUGGACUGGCCCCCUCCCCCAGCUCUGCGCCUUCAGACGUCCCUCAAGGAGGGACCCAGGGCAGGAGAAGCCCAGACCCCAACCUUAACCCCCACCACCCCAAACCUUGCCCCUUCCUCCCCUCCCCCUCCCACCACCCCUACUGACAAACAGCCUUGCCAGUCAGUGAGCCAGGAGUCCAUCAGUAUGUUCACCAGUGCAAAGUCCCCCUCCACUUCUCCCGGAGCCAGCCAGGAUAUGGAUUUCACCCCACCGGCUUCCCCCCACCACCAGUGUACCACCACUCCCUACAACCCUCCAGCCCAUGUGUCCCCCACUCGGAGGAGUCCAGACAGGCAGCAGCCCGCCAUGGGCCAGGUAGCGGUCAGCAGCACUGGAUUCUCCACCACCACUCCCAGGAGCAGGGAGAAGGGUGUCCUGCCACAGCCUGCUCCUGAGGUCCAUGUAGAUGAGACCGUCUGGUCGCCAUCUCCGAAACCCUCAGAGCAGCGAGUUGCAGUUUCACAGCCUCAAAUACAGUUCCAUACUCAUCCACAGGCCCAGCCACAGUCGCAGCCUCAACCCCAGCCCCACUCCCAUCCCCAGCCUAACGCCAGAGUGGUCCCCACCCCAUCCGAGUCAGUGGAGAGACCAUGGGAGGCCAUAAAGCCAGUUCAGCCCGGCACGGAGCCUGUGACCCACGCACAUGGGCCCACGCCGCCAGCGCCUCCCGUCCGCUCCAUUGAGAGCAAAUUGGCAACCGCCGCCCUCAGCCACACAGAGGCCGCCAACCCCGCCAUCUUCCACAACAUCCUGACAGAGGUCUCCACGCCUGAGGAGGCCCUCGCCCAUCCUCACCCUCCCCCGCGUAAGUCUUCCACCCAGCAGUCAGCCUACCUGUACCACACCAAGGGAGAGGCUGCCUUACUGGAGCCUGCCGGGGAGGCCUACUACCACCAACGGGCCAUUCCGGUGGGGCAGCCUUCAUACCACUACCGGCCAGACAGUGUUCCCUCACACCUCUCCUACGCGUCAAAGUCGGCGCCCCAGAUAACUUACAGUGCCCGCACGGACCACCGCUACAACACCCUAGCUAACCCCAGGUCCUGCCACCAGUCAAUGAAGCAUCACGGGCCCCCCAGGAGUGGCGAGUACAUAUCUACCGGCCCGGGACACCACGGCCAGGGCUAUGGACCCAUGGAGGGAGCUCCGGUCUACCCCACCAUCCGUAGGGUGCACUCGCUCCACGUGCCCUCAGCAAUCCGCUCGGUGCCCAUCCAGCGGACCGAGGUGCCUCCCAACGACGAGCUCUUCUACUACCAGCGGCCCGUCUACCAGUGCAAUACCUACCAGCAGCCGCCGCAACAGUCGUCGCAGGCCGACUACCACGUCACCCAACUCCAGCCUUACUUUGAGAAUGGCCGGGUGCAGUACCGUUACAGCCCCUAUUCGCCUUGCGCCAACCCGCUGGACGCCCCUUACUACGACGUGGACCCCUACGGGACCAUCCGGCUGCGGCACUUCCACUCGUUCAGCAGUCGGGACCUGGGCCCCACCCUCAGCCGGUCGGGGGGCAAGGCGGGCGGCUACCACUACCUGUCCCGCCACAUCCUCCCGCCGGGGAAGGAGCACAGCUUCGUCAGCAGAGACAUGCCCCCGGGCCAUGGCUCAAAGGGAGCCGCCGUCUACUUUGCAUGGAACCCAGAGGACUCGGAAAGGCUCCGGAUGCACUCCAUCCACAGAGAGAGCCGGGCCAGGCAGAAGGUCAAAGGACCUGUCAUGUCUCAGUAUGACAACGUGGGCCUGUUCAUGCCUGGCGACCUGGGAGGGUACGAAACCCUACACCUGCGCAGUAAGUCGGACCCCGGCAAAGCCAUGCUGAUGACUGUCGAGGGUAAAGACGGGCGCUACGGAGUACCGCCGGGCUCCCAGCACGCUCCCCGACACCUUGUGUCUGACCCCGACGUCCUCAUGUACAUGGAGACGGAGAAGCACUGUCAGGGGAACGGCACCGGGGACAAACAUAGCAACUCCAGGACCUGCCAGGUCUCCCACUCGCACCAAGCCCAACACCCACCCCGUUACCAGGCCCAUCAGCAGGACCCCAGCCGACACGACCCCGGGGACGGAGCUCGGAGCUUCCAACCCCGCUACGAACAGCCCGAUCCAGACCGCCACCAGAACAGGUCCAAAACCCCCGGUAGUUACCAGGACAAUGAUGACCACCAACACCAGUCGGCCCCCGUCAAAGCGCAGGCCCCUCUCAAGCCCGAGCGGUCGCACAGCAUCCGAGAGCACCAGCAGCAGCACUAUAGCCAAGCUGCCACUUCCGAACCAGACAGAGACCACUCAUACCAGCCCCACGGUGGGCAGCAGAGACACAGCACCAUGGCGAUACAGUCCCACUACGACAACCUGGAUGAUUACCACCCAGCAGCAAUACCUCAGCCACAGGCCCCCAUGCCAAACCCCCGCGGGGUCUCCUCUGCCUCUUUCCCCACCAACCCUGGCUUCACGGGCAGCCACAGCAACCGAGCGUACUCCACUGCCUUGGGCCAGGGCGCCUUCAUCCCAGCGGAACUGGCUCUGCAGAGGCCCGAUACAGAAAUACACGCUGAAUGAAGAAGAGACUUGUAAAAAAAAAAAAAAAAAAUUUAGUAAGCAAUGAAGUGACUCAGCUGGAGGUGAAAAUGUUCCACAGCCUCUGCAGGACAGUGGACUGUCGUCAGAACCUUCCGCAUUAUUUUUCUCUAUUUUUUAUGAAUUGUAAAGGAAAAUAAGAUACUUUUUAGAGAAUGUACCAUACUUUCUUCAAUUGUUCUAAGAAGCCACGCGUUCGUGACUCAUUGAAAUGGUGGAUGAUCAUGUAUAUGAUAUAAGCGAAAGGUCCAAGAAACCAGAACCGCAAAAAUGUCAAAUAUGUGUACAAAGAAGAACUACUGGUAAAAAGGGAUUUGUUUUAUUUUUGUUUCCAGUUUUGUUUUGACUGGGGAGGUAUGAGCAUAACAGGGAUGAAGGUUUGCAUUUUAGAAAUGCAUGUUAUCUCCAAUCUCUUGUUUACCAUUGCUAUCCAUUGUGUACUUUCUGGAUGUUUCAGUACACGUUGUCGAGGGAGGAAAUCUGUGUAAGUCAUCGUGCCCUCCCUCCUGUUUCUGUAUACACAAGGCGUUACAGUAUGUUCACUUUCAGUCUUCAAGCAUCUUGGAUUUGGGGUCGGGGCCCAACAGUACAAAGUGAGUUCUAGAACUAGACAGGGUACUUUCACCUGGUACUGUAGGGUUAUGUUAAUAUUUUAUUUGCUCUGUGAUUGUGUAUUUUUGCUAUAAAACGGAGUGAAUUGAAUGUUUUGGAACCGCGAUUUGUUCUUCAUUGCAAGAGGGACCAAACAUUUGGAGUAUUUUGGCCAUGAAAGCAUUCCUGCACAUGUAUGGGUUGAUGACGACAUUACCUUGGGAGUUGUAACAGAGUAAUUCUUAAAAUGUGUUUUGUUAUAGUCUUGCUUUUUUUUCUGCCAAUUUCAAAGGACUUGAAUGGACAACUUAAUAAAAUUAUAAAAACAU